AUGUCUUCUUCGGCGGGGCCCCGCGGCCCUCGGCCACCCACGGUGCCCCCCCCGAUGCAGGAGCUGCCCGACCUGAGCCACCUGACAGAGGAAGAGAGGAACAUUAUCAUGGCAGUGAUGGACCGGCAGAAAGAGGAGGAAGAGAAGGAAGAGGCCAUGCUCAAGAGGUUGCAUCAACAAUUUGAAAGCUAUAAAGAGCAAGUAAGAAAGAUAGGGGAAGAAGCCCGCCGUUACCAGGGAGAGCACAAGGAUGAUGCUCCAACAUGUGGAAUCUGUCAUAAAACAAAGUUUGCAGAUGGUUGUGGCCAUUUAUGCUCUUAUUGCCGGACCAAGUUUUGUGCUCGAUGUGGAGGUCGUGUCUCUCUGCGAUCAAACAAUGAGGACAAAGUGGUUAGAAUCCAUGCUUUUUAUCAUUUAUUAUUAUAA